AUGGAUCUGGCGAGAAAGGCGCGCAUCCUGAUCCGUGAAACACGAAUCCCACUUCUGGUUAUGCUUGUUGAAAUGGCGGUUGAUCUCGUCGAGGAUGAUUUUCGUCUCCGGGUUCAUGAUUCCCAGGCGGUGCUGUCGUCAGGUGAAGUGGUCGUGGGCAAAAGGGCCGGCGCGGUCACGUUCAGCGCAACGAACGCCGCGUCGAGCACAGUGGGCGGCAAGCGGUUCGGCCGGGAUGUCGGCGUCGCAUACUCGAGGCGAGUGCUCUCGGACGCCGCCUCCUUUUGCUGGAACACCUUCAACCAGCCCAGCCCCGCCGACCGCAAGCCCGUCGACGCGGUGACCCUCGUCGUCGAGGACAUCGGCGGCGUGGCCUUCACGAGCGCCAACGGGGUCCACCUCAGCGCCCAGUACGUCGGCAACUACUCCGGGGAUGUGAAAACAGAGGUCACCGGCGUGCUGUACCACGAGACGACGCACGUGUGGCAGUGGAACGGGCAGGGGCACGCGAACGGCGGCCUCAUCGAGGGCAUCGCCGACUACGCCCGGCUGAAGGCGGGGUACGCGCCGGGGCACUGGGUGAAGCCGCGGCAGGGAGACCGAUGGGAUCAGGGGUACGAUGUCACGGCGAGGUUCCUGGACUACUGCGACUCGCUGAAGCCGGGCUUCGUCGCGCUGCUCAACGCCAAGAUGAAGGACGGCUACAGCGACGAUUUCUUCGCUCAGAUCCUGGGGAACACCCUGCAGCAGCUGUGGCAGGACUACAAGGCUAACACCCUUCUCAUUGGAUCGUUUCCAUGACUUAUAAACCGGCUGAUACUGUUUUAAUUGUGAGAGUAUCAUGGCGGAUAAGCAUGGCGAUAAAAUCAAGCGAACAGGUGCGGGAGCUGA